CUCUUAUUAGGUUUGUGAAGCUUCCGAUGCAUAAUCACCGGUUUCUCCAUGUCAACAAGUAUUGAGAGAAAAUGGGUGUACCAUGUUUGUAUAAUGUCUCCGGGGCUGUGAUUGGAUAGAUUCUUACACCCUUCAUGUAUUACCACAGCUGACAGUCUAGUGAUGGAAGAGGAUUUUUGCCGAUUGACAGAUAUGAAGUGUCAGCUUAGAGCAUCCUCAUACGGAUACUCGAAAACAUGUAUAUAUUGUCUGUUUCCCACCCACAGUCAUUCGUGUGGCUACAAGAGUCCGUCCCUCAUAGACAAAGGCCAAACGAUCAAUGAGGUCAUCCACUCGUUUAUUUGUUGCUAUUUUAGCAAUAGCUUCCUCUGUUAUUGCUGUUGCAACACCAGAUGCCAAAGCCAUUGCUGACUCUCUUCCUUGGGCUAAUGCUGUUCCCGCCGCAGCCGGGGCUGCUUUAGCUUAUGCUGAAGCCUAUGCUGAAGCUGUUGCAAUCGCCCAUCCAGACCCUGAAGCUUAUGCUCUUGCCGCUUCCGAAGAUGACUGUGCUACACUUGGCUGUCACGCUGCUUGUGGUUUGAUGAUUAUCGGCGGUAGUGACUGUACUUUGAAUACAACAAACAGCUAUGCUGGUCCAUAUAACACCACAUGUCUUUGUGCUUCUGACUCGAAGUUGAAUACCUACUACGCAAGUUGUAUGAACUGUGGGUGGACAUUAUGGAAGUACUAUGGACCUUAUGCCUCUUCUGCUUUGGCAGCUUGUUCCACUCUCUCCACUGAGCCUACUGGAACUAUGAGAUGUUCAACUACCUUAACUGAUGUUUAUACCAUCGACACUGGCGCUAAUGCAUGUGAUUAUACCGGCGGUUGCGAAACUACUUCGACAGCAUCGGGUUCUACAGAAUCGAGUUCUACAACAUCAACGACGACUACUUCAACGACUAGCACCUCUUCUACCUCCACAACACCAACCACGUCCAGCUCCAGUUCAUGGACUGGUAGUAACACUCUGACAGACACAACUUACACCGCUGAGACUUAUACUGUGACAACUGACUUGUCAUACACAUACAGCUACACCGCCGGUCUGAACAGUACUGAUUGUUACACAACGGUAAGUACCAUGCAGGUUGAAGAGGACUUUGAAGUUGUCUUCACAUCAUGGUCUGUGUUGAACUCACCUGUGAAAAGCUAUAGAACAUGGGGCUUCUUGAACUUCACAGAAGAUCAGACUGAAGUUACCGACAUUCUAUUGUUAACGAGCACCACUUAUAUGUCAGGGGCUUUGGAGGCGGAAUCCUUCUUGUAUGUUAACCUUAAGGAAGGUGGGUUCUAUAGCGCUCAAAGUCGAAAUCACCCUGUCACCACAACUGCAACAUUCUUUGUGACGAGAAAAGGUGUGAAGUAUUUGUUUGCCUAUAGUUGUACAUCCAAUUGGCCACUUUCGUUCUUGAACCUUCCUGAAGGAGGUUAUGAUGUUUGUGUUCCUAGUGGUGGAGCGGUGUACUACGAAAGCUGGUGUGAUCACCAAAAUGAGACCUACACUGUUGUUGAAUUUAGACCUGGUGAAGAUUCCUCUUCUGACUUAGAGAGUUCUUCCACGUCGGAAGAAUCUUCCUACAGCAGCAUUGAAUCAGCACUCGAGUCUAGUGAGUCCACUGAGUCCACUGAGUCUACUGAGUCCACUGAAUCUACUGAGUCCACUGAAUCUACUGAGUCCACCGAGUCUACUGAAUCUACUGAGUCCACCGAGUCUACUGAGUCCACUGAGUCCACUGAGUCUACUGAGUCCACUGAGUCUACUGAGUCCACUGAGUCUACUGAGUCCACCGAGUCUACUGAGUCCACUGAGUCCACUGAGUCCACUGAGUCUACUGAGUCUACUGAGUCCACCGAGUCCGCCGAGUCUACUGAGUCUACUGAGUCCACUGAGUCCACUGAGUCCACUGAGUCCACUGAGUCCACCGACUCUACCGCUGAUAGCACUUCAACACCAACUUCAGAACCAGUUCUAUCUGGUAUCCUGGACUCCGGUGCCCCUGAUUGGACUUUGAGAAUUCCAGGAACACUCGGACCAUGGUCUUCAGUUGAUCUUCAAGUUUCUGGAAAUGGGUCCGCUGGCUCGUUUGUUUACACUGAUGCAUCUGUGAGGGUGAACAAUGAAGAUAUUUCUACGGCUAAUAUCAAUGUGACACCAGAUUCUAUUAUUAUUUCAUUGGACUCUGAAAUUGCUGAAUCUGAUGUAUUGGAGAUUCAGUUUGGAGGUGACAUUGAGUCUGGGUCAUCAUGGACUUCUACUGCACGCUUGGUUAUUACCUCACCAGAUGAAAGACUUGUGAAGAGAGCCGAGCAAACCUGGGUUCUUGUCAGUACUAUCACAUCUGAUGAUGAGUCUGAUUCUUCAUCUAUUGAUUCCUCCGUUGCCUCAUCUGCUGCCUCAUCUUCUGACUCUUCAACCAUUGAGCUUUCCACCUCCGGUGAUUCAAGUGCCUCGUUUACCUCUUCGGAGUCUUUGACAUCUUACGCCAACAGCACCUCAACAAUCACCAAGGAGCAAGAGUCUACUACUGUUAUUACAGUAACAUCGUGUAGCAAUGACGUCUGCUCUACAAUGGAUGUGACCACCGGAGUUACUGUUGUAACCGAGACUGUUUCAGGUAUAGUUACUACUUACACCACUUACUGUCCAACAGAGUCACCAAAUCCAAGCACUACUGUUAUAACUGUGACAUCCUGUUCUGAAAACCUAUGCAGUGAGGUGUUAAAGACCACAGAUGUCACUGUUUUGACCACCACAGUUAAAGGGGCCGCAACGACAUAUACUACUUACGGUGCAACAACAGUUACUAAUGCAACUCAGAAAACUGGUGUAACUAAGACCAGUACUGGUGCUACUGGUGCUGAAGGUGCUACUACUGGUGCUGAAGGUGCUACUACUGUUGCUGAAGGCGCUAAGAAGACAACUCAAGCUUCUGUUGAAUCUGAAACAGCUGGGGAGGCUGAGAAGAAUACCUCUGCUACUAGCGCUUUAUCAGCUACAAGCGAAUUGAGUUCAGUUCAAUCAGUCACAGCAUUUGAAGGUGUCGGUGUCAAAUCAACUGGGUCUACAAUCCUCGCCUUAAUCUUCGCUGUUCUUCUCAUUUAAAGGUUUUGAUAUCGAAGAUCUUAUAAACAUUAUAGCAAGGUGAUUAGUUUAACUAACAAUGAAUGCUCAUAGUAUUCUUGUUUUAUUAAGAAUCAAUAUAUUGCAAUUGAAGACUGU